UGGCGUUUGACAUUUCAGUUAAGAGAAAACUUCAUUAAUUCUAGUCCUUACCAUGGAUUCUUCUACUCGAGUAGUUUUUAAGCUUGCUGAGUAUAUGAAACAGCAAAAUAAUCAAAAUAAUCUGAGUGAGAAAAUCUUGCCGCUACAGCCGAAAGUCAUUGGCGGCUUCAGUGUGACGAGCGAGCGCUUCUAUAGGUCCGAUACGAACGAGUUAAAGUUUCUAGUGGUGCCGGAGACAGACAAGUUUCCCCUGAAUCUCAAUAAGCAGCAUGUUUUAUUCAAUGAGCAUGGCCACCAUGCUGAGUAUUUGGACAAAAUGCUCUACUUUAUUAGAGAUAACCAAGACGCAAUGGUCAAAAGCUGUGCGGUGCAGGCGGACGUUGUCACUCGGGCCGAUGUGCUGGAAACCCUGAUGCGUACGCUCUACAUGAAACGUAAUUGGAGCAUUUUGGGCAGCAGGUAUCGGAACACGAUUUACUUGUGCUUGACGAAGCCCAGUCAUUCGGGUCUGACUCCAGCGGAGUUGGCAACAGAGCGAAAUCGUCAAAUAAUGGAAGCGAAGCUGAAGCAAUUCUUAUUCUCAGACACACCUGAUAAAUCGUCAAUUUUGAGAUGUACUGGCGGCGAGUUUCAUGGCGUGUUCAGGUGCAAAAUUGGCGAACUCUCCGUGGUCUAUGCGUCCAUCAUGGGUGGCCAUCACGCUAAGCACAAACAUGCAUUGAACAAGAAAUCAAGCAGAUUUGCGGAGUGCAAAGUGAUGCUAUCGCAUUCAACUGAGCCAUGCAGCCAAUGGAAGCCACAGCCGGAAGAAGCCUUACUCUGGUGGUCCGAGUGCUGCUUGAAGGAUGUCAAGGAAAUUUACAUAGCUCGACCCCAGAGCUCUGGACAUGUGCAGAGCGUCAGCACGAGCUUGCUGACUACACUAAUUCAAGAUAAUAUCAACAAUUGGUCGAGCGAAAUGUGCAUAAGUCUUCUGUCUGAUAUUCUGAUGCAGAUUCGCAGCGUCAUGCAGCUGGACAACGCCAGUGCCGUUUAUCGUUUCGAUUAUAUUGCCAAUCCGGGCAUACUCAAAUACAAUCUGACUAAGCAGCGCAACGAGCAGACGUUCCUAGCAGAUUGGUAUCGCCUGAUGCUGGAGAAGCCACAGGCAGAUAUACCCAACAUAAGAAGGCAUAAAUGAUCAAAUAAAAAUACUUUAAAUUG